CCUGUUCAGUCUUCUGAUCAAAAGAAAUUACCCACAUUUUACUUUAAUAAUUUGUUGUUUUUUAAUGGCUAGGACUUGAAAAAACCCCACAAUGUUCUUUUGACAGAUCACAAGCAUGUGAUGAAAGAACAUCAUCAUACAGCACACUUUCUUGCUAAGCUCUGCUGGUUUUUCCUUUAGUGUGUUGUUCUAAGCUUUUCUUGGUUGUUGCCAACCAUAUCAUUCUUCUAUAAAUCUUGUUGCUUUCUUUUUCUUUCUAGAUACUUCAAAGCUUUUUAUCCAUGGCUAGUGAAGCUGGUGUAGCAGAUCAUCCUACUUCCUCUGAGGCACAGGAAGUUCAUGAAGAGGUAAAAGCAUGUGAACCAGAGAUCAUUUCUCCAGCUGAGGUAGAGAAGCCAGAACUCAACUCGUUGCCAGUUCCUGUGGCGCCUUUGUCUGAAUCUGAAGAUAAGAUUGAGGCAAAGCCAAUUCAGGCCCCAACGAAUGAAGAGCUAAAGGAAAGAGACGAGGAAGAGAAAGCUCCUAUUGCACCUGUAGCUGAUGCUGAAGAGAAAAUUGAAGGCAAGAAUAUCGAGUCUUCUGUAGUUACACAGGAAAAGAUAACUGUUGAGGAAGAAAUGUCAACAGUAGAAAUGGAGCCAACUUCAGAGGAAAAGCUGAAAUCUGAGGACUUCACUAGUCCAAGUGUUGUUUUGGCUGAAGAAGUCCAGCCUCUGGCUUCUGAAGUACUUCCUUCUAUCGCACCUGAAUCAAACGUUGAAGAUAAGAGUUUUGAGCCUUCCAUAAUUGAAUUAAAUGUCGCAAGUGAGACUCAUGUAGCUGCAGAAGCAAAGAUCGUUGCUGAGCCUCCUCUAGUAGAAGAGAACAUUGUUACUGAGCCUUUUGUAGUGGAAGAAAAGCUUGUUCAGAGUCUUGUAACUGAAGAAGAGAAGAACACCACUGAGUCUCCCGUAGUGGAAGAGAAGAUAUCAACUCAGACUCCUUUAGUGGAAGAUAAGCUUGUUCAGACUCCUGUGGUUGAAGAAGAAAAGGACACCAUUGAGGCACUUGCGGUGGAAGACAAGUUGUCAACUGAGACUCCUGCAGUGGAAGAUAAACUUGUUCAGACUCCUGCGGUUGAAGUAGCAGACGACACAAUUGAGAAACUUGUAUUGGAAACAAAGACUGAAACUGAGACUCCUAUAAUUGAAGAAGCAAAGAUCACUGCAGAGCCUCCUGUGGUAGAAGAGAAGAUCGUGAUUGAGCCUCUUCCAGUAGAAAAGAUUCUACACACUUUUGCCGUUAAAGAAACUGAGGAAACCAAUGAGCAACUUGUAACAAAUGAGGAAAUCUUAUCUGAGGCAGGACAAGAAAAGCUUGUUCAGGCUCCUGUGGUUGAAGAGACAAAGGUCAUGACAGAGCAAAUUAUAGAUGAAGAAAAGACCGCAACUGAGACUUCUGAAACCAAAGAAGAGAACAGCGGUAUAGAGCCUCCUCCAAUGAAAGAGAAGUUUGAAACUGAGCCUCCAGUUGAAGAGAAGAAUGUUAAGAUUCUUACAGUUGAAGAAACAAGAAACAGUGCCGAGACUCCUAUUGUUCAAGAAGUGAAAAGCAUGACUGGGACUCCUUUAGUUGUAGAAGAGAAUUAUGCUACUGGAGCUCCUCUAGUCGAACAGAAGAUCAUGACAGAACCUUCAGUAGACGAGAAGAUCGUGACAGAAACUCCUGUAGAAGAGAAGAUUGUUGAGAAUCCAGUGGUUGGAGGUUCGAAGAACAAAACCGAAACUCCUAAUGUUGAGGAAGUGAAGAAUGAGACCAAGCCUCCUGUAGUUGAAGAAGAGAAUGAUGCCAUUGAGGCUCCCAUAGCUGAAGAAGAAAAAAGCUUCACUGAGCCUCCUGUAGUAGAAGAAGCAAAUCACAUAUCUGAGUCUUUUGUAGUACCUGAAGAAGUGAAGAAGGCUGUAAAUACUCCUGAUGCCUUUAUUUCUGUUGAAAAUGAAUCUAUAGUGGCACAAGAUUGUGCUGCUGAGACAGACUCACCUGAUGUCUCAGAACCAGAAGUUAAGAUUGCUGAAAGCAAGCCAGUGACCGACAAUUCUGAAUCACAGGAAGCAGAGGAAGCAAAGGUGGAGCUUGUUGAGGUAAAGUUAGGAGAGAAUGAAAAAGCAGUUGAAAUUCUAGAGUUAUCAACGAAAAUUGAUGAUAAAAAAGAGGAGGAAGUCGUAGGUCCUGUUAAGGAUUUAGAACAAGAGUUGGUGAAAGACGAAGGAAUUCCUGAACCACAGCCUAUUAAGGAAGAAGUUCAUGAAACAUCAACUACUGUGGUAGACGAAGCACAAGUACAUGUAGUAGUUGAAGCUCAGAAAAGUGUGGAGGUCCCAAAGCAAGACGAAUCCACUGAAGAAACUUCUGUAGAAGCCAUAAGUUUAGGCGAAGCUUUACUACCAACCAAAGAAGAUCAACCUGAUGCAAAAGAAGAGAUUUCAGCUGGCAAAGCAGAUUUAGAUGAAGAGUUACCGAAACAAGAAGCUCAUACAUUAAUGAAGGUUGAAGCGGAAAAUGAAGUCAGAGAUGUGAAAGCUGAGGACUGUUCUCAGCUUGAGACAACAGAAGCUGAGGAAGUUGUUAAAUCUAUUCCAAACACUGAGGUUGCUGAAAACCUCUUGGAAGGCAUCAUUUCAUCCAGAGACGUGGAACCAGUUGCAGAAAAUGGGAACAAAGACAAGAAAAGUGAAUCUGUCACUCCAGCUGAAACCGGUAGUAAUGGAACAAUGGAGGAUAAAACAUCAGAAAAACCUGAUGAUAAUAAACUGGAGAAGCCUGAUGCGGAGGAGAAAGGAGAGGACAACGAGACUAAGGAUCUUGAUGAUAAAGCAACGUUGCAAGACCUCCCUCAAGAGGUGGUUACAGUACAAUCCACUCAAAAGCAGUCAAAAACCAUCUUAUCAAAGGUGAAAAACACAUUUGUCAAGGCAAAAAAGGCUAUCACUGGAAAAUCCAACGGGAAAACGCCUUCUUUUGACCCUAAAGGAGAGAUUAAAGUAUAAUUGUUUGCAGAGUAAAGCAUUAUGGCAUGAUCUUCCUUGCUGUUAUGAUACAGAUUGCUGUUUUUUUGUUUUUUUUUUGGUUGUGUUUUAUUGUUUGUCGGCCUGAGUGUUCAUAGACAGUAUACAUAGUGCUUUGUUCAAAAAUUUAUAGCUUGUAAUAUAGGAGAACAACUUUAUAUUGUCCAUUCUAUAUUUCUCGGUUGUAUCAUAUUUAGUAUGUAUGGUUGGCAUCAUAGUGAUUUGUUGGAAAGGUUGAAGGUUAAUGUACUAAGGUUGUUCUACA